AUGGAAAGGCCAUUAAUCCAUUCAAGCAACUCUCAAAAUGGUUUCUUUUUGAAUAACAAAAAUACCAAUACAAGUAACAUUACCAAUUUAUUAUUUGGAAUUGUGAACACAAACAUUAAAGAGAACGUAAAGAAAUUAACUGCCACAUUAUUUGCUUCAAUUCGACAGAUAUUGUGAUGACCUUUCUGGAGUGUGAGCCUUAGCCACCUGACACAGCUGUAAAACGUUGGCCUCACAGCUCUGAGAACUGGACUUCAAAUCCCAGCCCCGCCUGUGUGGAGGUCUUACACGUUCUACCCGUGCCUACUUGGAUUUUCUCCGGCCAGUCCGGUUUCCACCCACACCCCAAAAAAGAUGACUUAAUUGGAGACUCUAGAUUGCUCUUAGGUGUGAUUGUGAGUGCGACUUGUCUGUCUCCAUGUGCCCUACUAUCGGCUGGCAACCGGUUCAGGUUGUACCCUGCCUCCCUCCUGGUAAACGCUGGGAAAGGCCCUCGUGAGAAUAGGCGGCUCAGAAAAUGGAUCCAUUGCUCACGUUGAAAAUCUUACCAACAGCUCUCUCUAGUGUCAGUAAGAGGGAGUACCUCAAAUGGGUUGCUUGGAUACAAGGCAACAAAUGGGUCAGUUGUGACACUGACGAAGUUAGCGCACGUUGGUUUAGGUAGGAACUUUGCGUAACAAUAUUUAGUAUUGGAGGACAAAACAAAAAUGUCAUCAGCGGUUCAAUAUGGCCGACAGAGAGGAUCCAGUAAAAGUGACUUUUCAGCCGAUGACGACAGUGAGACAAUCCAGCAUCCGGAUCUUCGUCAGAUCACAGUCUUAACCAAAGAUGACUGGCUGAGGAUCCAAGAUGAAAUCAACCGCGUGGACAAGGAGAAGGAACGCAUGAUGAACACCGCAAGGCAGAGGCGGGAGCUGCAGCUCAAAUCGAAAGAGAUGGCUAAACUGUGGCCCAACACACUUACCUGUCAAAGACAGAAGAAACUGGAGGCAAAGAAAAUCCGGGACCAGAUGGAGGAGGAAAAAAGGAAACAAAUUGACAUGGAAGAGGCCAAAUAUCGGGAAGAAAAGCAGAAAGAGGCCAUUGAGAAGGCAAAGCAGCAGCUGUACUAUGAAACGGAGCGAGUCAAAGGACUACAUCGCGCACUCUUGCUGACGGAGGUUCUGAAGGAACGGGAGGCCCAAAUAGAGCUGAAGCAAAGGAGGAAGCGUGCCUCCAAAGACCAGGACAUAGAAUUCAUGCAGAAGGUGAAGGCCAGAGAGGAUGAAGCUCUUAAAAAAGAGCAAGAGCAAACGGAAAAGAAAAGACAAGAGAGCAAGGCUUUUGCAAAAGAACUGCAGAAGCAGAUCAAGGAAAAUCAGAUGGAAAGGGAACGACAGAAAUAUGAGACAAAGAAGGACAGUGAGGAAAUCCAACGGUUUCAAGAAAUUCAUCUAUGGGAGCAAAAAUUGGAAGAGGAGGCACAAGCCAAGCAGAAGAGCGAUUUCAUGCAAGCUCAGCUGGAGCACCUCACUCAAAGAGACAUUUCUAGUGUGCUGGAAGCAAAGAAACAGGAAGCAGAAGAGGCCCAAAGGAAACAGUUCCUUUCCACAAAGGAGAAAAUGGUAAAGUUAAGAAGAGAUAAAGAGAAGGAGUUGCUCAGGGAGAUCCAGAACCGCAGGGAGAGGAUCAUGGACCAGUUGACCCUAGCUCAGCAGGAGCGAAAGCAGCAGAGCGUCACCAAGGCUGUAACAGAGCAGGACGCACAGAGGAUGCAGCAGCAAUGGGAGGAGGAGAAGAAGAGGGUGGAAAUGAUUAAAUCAAUCACAGCUCACAGGGAACAUGUGGUCAAACAGAAGGAGCACAAUGAAUUGAUUAGAAGGGAGAAAGAAAGAGAAGCUCUUCUGGCACAGAAAGAGGAUGACCGAAUAUUUUGGGAGGAGCAGAAGAAGAAGGCCCAGAGCAUCCGGCGAGAGCUCCAGAAGUUACAGGACUUCAAUACAAGACAGAUGGUGGAGAAACAAGCCGGGCAGGACCAGGUGAGGCGAGCGGAGCAGGAGUUUGAUGCCAAGAACAUGGAGCUCUUUGCUGAAGAAGAAUUUGGGUUUGAACAGUACUCGGGGGCCGUGAUACAAGCUGCAGCCACCACCCAGCGCAAUGUACUUCCACUUUACAAGGCUGUGAGGGAGGGGGUCGCAGGGGGUCCCAUCUUCACUGGCGCACGACCUCGUUAUCUCGUUCAGGAUACAAGCGGUGCUGAAAUGUCCAAGUACAUCUCGGACGGCACCCGGUAUAUUAAGAACAUCCAUGAGGUUGAAGAUAUCGAAGAAGCAAAGAAGAGGCUCGGGUUGAAAUGGUUGUAGACAGACUGGCUCUGAAGGCCAAUCGAGAACUCAAUGUAAUUAUAGGAAAUAAAACCUUGGUGAGAAUGGUUAUAAAUAUAAAGUCAAUUCAGAUUUUUGUUUUCAAGAAUUUUAUGAAUGCUUGAAGAUAAUUGCUAAAAAUGUGCAACGACUGUGAACAUUGUAGUACUUGCAGCUCCUUCUGUUGGGUAGGCGCUACCGAUCAAUGCAAAUCAAAACUACCAGGCAAACUGUUUUUUUCCCUCUGGCAAUCAAGUCAUUAAAUUACCUCACACCCUGCAAGUCUAGUCAUUAUUACUAAUAUAUACAGUAGACUAUCGUACGAUUCAUCACUUGAAACUGCUCCCUUUUUACACACGUCAUAAUGUGGGGCAUUGACUGCUCUAAAUCAUAGGUGUCAAAACCUGGCCCGCGGGCCAAAUUUGGGCAACUUCAAAUUAAUAUUAGAGUUGGCCUGCCGGGAUUACAAGUAUUACACACUUGUUUGGUUCCAUAUUAAAAGGUUAAGGCUUUGUUCAAUUUAAAAUUUUGGCCCACUGUGAAUUUGAGUUUGACACCCCUGCCCUAAAUGCUAGAAGACUCUGCAUCUUUGCAUAAUUGUGAAUCUUCUGAGGAAUAGAUUCCUAUUAAUUGAAAGUCUAAUGUUCUCCAUUUUUGUUAGUUUGUUCUUCUCAGUACUCAACAUGAAUGUCGUACCAGGGCGGCACCUAUUGCCGAACACAAAAUCCCUUGUGUUGUUAAAUGCUUGGCCAUUAAAUCCGAUUCUACCUUUUCAUCAUUUUAGUUUUCCCCAUUUAUGGGGCACCAUGAUGCACUUGAGCGUCUGGUACGAGGAGGCCUUCCCCCACUACAUCAACACAAAUUGAGAAUCUUCGUUCACGUCACCGGUUAUCCUGCCCUGUUCAUGUGGCUAGGGAAAAAGUGGGUAAACCCACUGGAAUUACUGCAUAAAAUUGGUCAGAGACCAUGGUGUGACCUUCUAAACAGAAAGAAUAAACCGUCUGGUUAAACUAUUGCAACAGAUUUAUAUAUUUUAUUUUUUUUAUGGAACAAAAGUAAACAUUUCCAGGGGUGAGGAAAAAGUAAAUGAACCUAUAUGCUACAGAUUCUCCAAAAACAAAUCAGUCAGGUGGGAGGCAAUUAACCUUAACUCUAAUCAAUGAGCCAAGAUUGGAGGUGUGGCUUAAAGUUGCCUUGGGCACUAGAAAACACUCCAGAUAAUACUUGUCUCCAGUAAAGAAACAUUUCUUUUCUACCAUGCCACACUUAAAAGAGCUCUCAGAUGUCCUAGGAAUUAUAAAUUUACUUGAAUAAAGUCAGAAAAAUUGAUAAAACUAUCUCUUAAAUUCUUGAUGAUCAGGAGUCCAGUUAGACAAAAUGUCAAUAAAUGGAGAAAGUUCAGCACUCCAUGCAUCUCAUUUAAGGAGAGGCCGUCCUAAAAGAUAACUGCGGGUGUAGCGCAGGAUGCUCAACGAGGUGAAAAAGAACUCAAGGGUGUCCGAUGAAGACUUACAUCUGUUGACAAAUCUACUGUACAGGAAAGAUGAAUUCACAACUUUGUCAAGAUAUUUUGCAAAACACCUUUAGGUGUGGUGGAAGGAAGAUGACUAGUUAGGAUAUCCGCAUAACAGUUCUGAGGAUUAGGGUUCAAAUCCCAGCCCUGCUUGUGUGGAGUUUACGUUACAUGUUCUCCCCAUGCAUGAGUAGUUUUCUCCAGGUACUCCAGUUUCCUCCCAUCCCAAAAACAUGCAGUGUAGGUUAACUGAACACUCCAAAUUGCCCAUAGGUGUGAAUGUGAGUGUGGUUGUUUAUUUGUGACCAGUUAAGGUUGUACCCCGGCUCUCGACUGAAGAUAACUUGGAUAGGCUGAAGGAUGAGGGUGACCCAAGUGAGGAUAAGCGAAACGAAAGAUGAAUGAAUAAAUGAACCUAAGGUGUUUGUCCAACAGUUGAUGCUCAAAAGAAGAUUGGUGUUUCAACAGAACAAUAACCCAAAGCACAGAACCCCUUAUUUGUUUCUAUGGUGUGUCAAAUUUAGAAGACAGGUAUUUUCACUUUCAGGUGAAUCCGCAUUCCUCACAUAUCCGCAUUUGUUUUUUUUUUUUUAGUCAAAGCCC